GUUGCAUAGUUACAACAGCCACGAAAUAUUGAUUUUCGGAUAGUUACAGACACGCUGAAUAUAGCUGGCCGGAAGAUGGCGCUCUAAAGAACCAGGGAUGCUAGGGAACUGGUUACAAGCACCAACUGGGCGAGAAGGAUGAGUGGGAAUCUGUAUUCUACCCUCAUAACCAUUUCCUUCAUUGCUUGGCGACAAUACUUUUCGUAAGCGAGAAAGACAUCCACAUGACGUAGCCGCAUGCAGCUGGGGGAAUUAUUGGUGGUGGCCUCUUUGUUCGUCACUUUGGCCUUCUUCUGCUCAAGAACCGAAACUAGGUUAGUGCAGACGGCUCGGAACUCCAAGAUUCCGAGGAAGAAUAGGAUGGCCAUUAUCACAGCGAACAUCACUGGAGAGGACGAAGACAUGUCGUCUCAAGAGAAACUACUUUUUCGAAGUCGGCGUGAUGAAACCGUGAUGGCGAAGAGUGCCUAUGGAAGGGGUGUCGCUUUCUUCAUUGGAGAGCCUUGUGAACACACUUGUAAUGAUAUUUUAUAUAACAUUUAUUGUAACUUAACUUCAAAGAAAUGUGAGUGCCUGAAGGAAUAUCCUGCAAUCGUCGAUAACAAGUUUUGUGUUAAAGGUGCGAGAUUGUGGGAGAGGUGUGAACACACGGAAUCCUGCUCCUAUUAUAACGACCACGCCAUCUGUAACUCAGGCGGAGAAUGUCGCUGUGAAGAGGGCUACAAAAGUCAUUCCGACGCAACAGGGGAAAUGUGUAUUCCAGGUAAAGGUGAUGGAAUUCUGGAAAACCCUGACAUCAUGACCGUGAUAAUGGUGGUUUCUGGAGUCAUGAUUGGCACUGCCCUUUUCUGUCUAGUGCUCAGAUUAUUUAGCAGAGCCCGUUUUGGAAGAAAUAGAGGCCGCUUCGGUAAUGCUGCAGCGCCACCUGUUGUACUGACUGGAACAGAGGCUCCAGCCUCGAUCCCGUGUUCACGAAGGCCUUCCCGCAGCAGCGCAAGUAAUGAAUACUUACCAGGCUCCAGUAAGACACGAUUCUAUCUGUUGAGCCCCUCAACUAAACUUCUUAAGGGAUCUGCUUCUGUACACUCCCAUGCUUCUGUUCGAAGCUACGCCACGAUCAAAAGCCAGUCACCAGUUCAUAAUUCACGUGGAAACCGUGAGAAGGUUAACGUGAGGCGAACAGCGUCGUCACCACCAGAUGUUCAUCAAAGCCUCCCGUCACUCAACCACCUUGAUCCUAAUUCAACUUGUGAGGACCCAAAAACGGAACCGAGUAUCCCGGAAGAGAUGACAACCAAGAAAACUAUACCAAAUAGCGAGUGAGUUGCAACUGUAUAUGUGUGUUAAAAGUAUAUGUAUUUGUGAACCCCGUGAAUUCGCCCGAUCAACCAUGGCCAUUACAAAUUCACACUUUAGGACAAGACAUCAGAAUACAUAAGUAUCAUUGAAUGUGCCAUAAAAAAGGGGUUUUAAAUCCCAAAACCCCAUAUAUAUAUAUGAGCUUGAGUGACGAUGUUUUUGCCAUGGGAUCACCUUGAAAGUAAUAAUAAUAAUAGGCGAACUCUUUGGUCUUAAUGGAAUAUGUCACGAUGGGUAGCUUAAUAAAAUGAAAGAUCGUUUUGCUUUGGUUUUUAUCUUAUAUCUCUCUAAUGAAGUGCGUAAAAGAUAUGGAGAACGAUAUUCUUUUUAUGGUUUGAUAUCUUAUAUGUUCAUUGUUUUUAUCAAGCUAAAGAUAUAGUUGCUUUAUUUUGAUAUGUUUUUACUCCCUCCCCCACCGUCCUCUGAUCAUUCACUUCAAGUACAUUUCAUUUUAAUUUGAUUAGUUUAGAUAAUCUACCAGUAAACUUUUCUUUUGAGUCCUGAGGCCGCUUAGUAAACUUCGAAAUAAGUUUUAGUGGAAUGCUUGGAAGAAAAUAUUAUUCUGUUGGAAAUUUAUUAUAUCUCAAAUGUUUUUCAUGGUGGUGUAACAAAAUUUAAAGUGAGCUAUCAAAAUAAUAAUCACAAUCAAAGAUUAGAAUUAAAUUAAAAUAAUGUUCAACCUGAAAAACAUUAUUUAUAGACGAAAAACAGGCAAAGUUAACUCUUAAUUGAAUUAUUUGGUCUCAAUUAAAAACUCUAAGUUCCAAAUACUAGUGUAAAAGUUUAGUGUUUCCAAUUAAAUUGAAUUUUUUCCAAUUAAUUUUCGAAACCAUUUGACCGAGAAUGAUUUUUAUGGCAUAGUAUUUAACAGUACUUACUAAUUUAAUUAAUUUCAUUUAACCGUGUGCCCCCCAGUGGCACGGCGGUAUGUCUGCAGACUUAUAACGCUAGAAUUCGGGUCUCGAUACCCGUGGUGGGCAGAGCACAGAUAGCCCAAUGUGUAGCUUUGUGCUUAAUUACAAACAAAGAAAUAACAGUGUAAACAUUUUAUCCAGGUACUGUCCAUCGAGUAAUAAAGUUGAAAAGAUUUCAGUCUGUGCAUGUGCUCGAAAAAUGUAUGACAAAUGUUGCUGGACAAAGAAGGGUUAUGUUUUUCAUUAACCAUCUGUGUUUGUAGAGGAACCAUAACUGUGUAAUGGUAAUUGGUAAUUAUGAUCAAAAUGUUGUUGUAGCAUUAUGUAAUUGAUUCGAAUCUUUUCGCUAUGAGCUAUUUUCUCCUUUCUUAGUUUAUAGACAAUAGCAACUCUUCAUAUAUCUAGAAUCACUGUGAUGCUCAUUGUUCUGAUUUGUCAACAUUGGCGUUAACCUUAAGUUUCUUAAUAUAUACCAUGAUAAUAUAAUUAUUGUAUAAAGUUGUUUGAGGUUUUCGUACUUUUUCUCGCAUUAGGCUUAAUAUAUUAAGUUAUCAGAAUCGUAUGUUUUGUUUAAAAAAAAACAACAGAAAAUUGAUUUUGCGUGGUUAAAGUCAGGUGGUUUUUCAUUACAACUGAUAAAUAUGCAUCAUCACAUAUCAAUUUCUUUAUUGUAAACAUUUGUUUAUGUGUUCGUAUUUGUGGUUUGAUGUUCAUGAGUUAAGUAGAAAAUUAAUGCAGGUUAUUUCCACCAUUACACUAAAUAUUAAUAAAAUAGAUUACUUUAAUGAUAGUAAUUAUUUUUAGGAUAUUCUGCUAGACAAAUGGAAUAAAACAAAAUGGGCAUUUUGAUUAUACAGUGAAUAAAAACUUUCCUGGUAACUAGUAAAGUGUAAAACAAUUUUUGUUGAAUUAUACUUAUAAUGCACUUUAUCAUGACCCCUACCUUUCAUUUUAUGUAAACGUAACAAACGUACUGAAUGUUGGAACGUUAUGUUUUACUAUGACUUGUUUUACUUUAAUUUAAUGAUAAAGUAUGCCUGAGAACGUUUUGGUAUUCUUGUCGAGCUCACAUUUGUAGAUAUUUAGUUUAUUUGCAGAAUGUAAGAACUGAAUUGUUAUUUCUUCUCAGUUAUAAUCUAAUAUAAAACAUAUGUUCGUUUAAGAAAAAGAACAGUGUCCAUUGUACCCAUAACAAGUACUUAUGGAGAUUUGAUUGUUUCAGUUUUUCUAGAUUUGGCAUUGCGUUUAUUAAAAGUUCAAUAAA